ACAAAGCCAGUUGGAAGUGCGUUACGCGAAGUACACUUCGAAUCUCUCCGGUAAAGAUGAGUUCUAAGGAAAAUAACUCUGAAGUCGCUGUCGACAAAGUUACAGAAAACAACGAGAAGGCGGGAGGUGAUGCAAAAUCAGAAGUUAAAGGCACUAAGAGGCCAGCAGAGUCUAAAGGAGAAGAUGCGAAAAAAAAACAGAAAAAAGAGGAGAAUGGCGAGGAGGAUGACGUAGAGGAUGAGGAAGAUGUGGAAGGAGAGGAGGAGGAGGAAGAGGAAGAACUUCCAGAAGGAGAGGAAGAAUUAGAUGAGGGAGAAGAAGAGGAAGAAGAUGAGGGUGAAGGAGAAGGGGAAGGUGAAGAAGAUGAAGAGGAUGCAUAAUGAGAAGUGUGCUAUAAAGACUUGUAUACAGAAAGCUUGGAACUAUGGAGUGAAAAAAUUCACAUCAGUUUGAAAGACUUCGAUGAUGGAUUACAUAGUCAUUCUUUUUUUCUUUCUGUCUAACCAUCGAAACAGUUCUGAAGAUUGAAGUUCUAUGGCGUGUGCUGUGUUAGUUGGAAACAUUUGGGCUAAGGUACCGGUAGGUCUUUUUUAUAAAUAACUAAAAACCCUUGCAAUGUACCCUGUUUUACUGUAUGAGUGACUAAAUUUUUACUGUGGUAGUUUAGUCCUGAUACAUUGUGUGACAGUAUUGAAAGAAUGGGAGAACUUUAACACUGAUACCCAGGCUCACUCCUUAACUCCAAGUUUUGAAGUGGAAUAUGAAUUUAAUAAUUUUAUAUGGGGGAUUUUAAAAUAUACUAAAUCAUUCACAACACAUGGUUUUAUUUAAAUUUGAUUUUCAUUUCUCACUUAAACUGUGAAUAUUCCCCCAUUACGAAUUUGAAAUAAAGCAGGGAUUAUAGGCUGAGGGCAGCCUUGUAAAGACGAUAUUGGAAGUAAUUCAUUAAUAGUAAUGAAAUAUAAAGAAACGUUUACAACCAAAUGGAAUGACGAAUAUUGUGUGUGUGAGUUUAAGUUGUGAAAGAAACAAUAUUUUGUAAUAACAGGUGGAUUUUGUUUCCUUUGAGUUGUUUCCUUUUUAAAAGUGUUUUGUUUCCACUCCUACUUUCGAGUUGUAAUAUGUUUCGUCAUGUUGUAACAUAGAAUAGCUACCUUUUUUUAUUGUGAACAGUGAAUACAAUUUUACUGUACAAAGAUUUUUGAAAAAAGAAAAAUAGACCACAAAAACCUCAGCAGUGGAAUAAAUUUGACCACUUUGAUACAAAUGUGCACCUUUCAGUGUUAACUGCCAGCA